AUGGGUGGCAUCAGCGUCGUCCCCACCAUUCAUCUGGGCCCCCUGGACCAGAUCGCUCCUCGAAUCUACGUGCGAUCCAUCUUCAUAUUCAACCAGGACGAGGAAUAUAGCACUGCAGAGACAUUGAAGCAUCUCAAACUUCGGUUCCGAACCGCUCUUGCACGCUGGCCCUUCCUGGCAGGAGAGAUCCGCCCCGCCACAAACAGCCGUCGACCCAAUGAGUUGGAGCUUGCCUACGACCUGAACGACGCCCUAAUCGACCCUGACCAGCGACAGGAUAUCGUCGCCUACAGCUCAGUGACGAACCUCGAAGGUCUCGACUACCAAGAACUCAAGAAGCGUGGCAUGCCUCCUUCAUUCAUGGACAAGGAUGUCCUGUCCCUCUCCCCUAACCACCCAAAGCCGGGUGAAUCUUGCCCUCCUAUGACAAUGAAGAUCACAGAAGUUUCUGGAGGAGGCCUUUUUGUCUGCUUCUCAACGCACCAUGCCAUCUUUGACGGCGGCUUCAUCAAGGCGUUCCUCGAGUACUUUGGCCAGGGCGAUGAAGAAGACCCCUUGAGCGUCUUUGUGGACGAGCACAAUAAGCGUCCCAGCAUGAUCCCAUACGUUACGACCGACAUUGAGAAUACUCUGUUCCCCGAGUACGACUUCACCACGAAUGGCACAGUCGCUGGCACCAACACUCUGUCCGAGAAGCCCCCGAGACCUGUCUGCGUGCUCUUCAGCAUCCCAAACGCAACCCUUUCCGACCUCCAUGGACAAGCACUGACCCAUGUCCGUGAAAAGCACGGCGACAAAGCCUUCGUCUCCAAGGCCGACACCCUCUCCGCCAUGAUCUGGGUCCACGUCACCAGGUGCCGCCUCAUACACCUCUCCCAGCAUGACCAAACCUCCUUCACUAUCACCGCCGACGCCCGCCCACGUCUUUCUCCGGCCUUCCCUGCAGACGCAUGGGGCAAUGUAUACACACAAACCAGCAGCGUUGCUAAGGUAGAGGACCUCAUCCAGACCUCAGCCUCUGGCACCCUGCCCCCCAACGCCGUACCUGCCAUCCUUGACGCCUCCUGGCGUGUCCGCCAGGCCAUCAGCCAGGCGAGCACACCGGGCUAUAUUCCAGCCCGCAUUGCGCUCGCCUCGUCCCUUCCUGACCCUACAAUGGAAGGGCAGGCCUUCAAGAAGGCGCUGCGGCCCGACCACGCUGGUCUGGGCUGCAGCGUCUGGACGCACAUGGGCGCCGAUGUGGACUUUGGUAUCCCGGGCACGAAGGGUAGGGCGGACUACGUGCGCAAGACGUGGUCUGCCAACGACGGCUCGAUGAACAUUAUGCAGCGUCGUGGUAUCACCAAGGGAGAGGCGCCCUGGGAGGUUCUCCUGGCUCUGAGAGAGGACGAUAUGGAGCGGAUCUGUGACCCUAAUGAGCUUGGUCGCUGGGCAUCUACUUGGUGCGCCUGA